AAAACCAGAAAAAUGAAGAAAGGAGUGAUAUUAGCUUUCUUUCUCACUGUCUCGCUCUUCUCCUUCCCCUCUUUCCAAUUCGAUUCGAUGAGCUCCCCCUAGACAACGAGGAGUUCGGUCUCGAGGGCGCGCCACCUCACUUCCUUGAACCCGCAAAGUCGAAGUCUGACUCCAAGAUCCAGUUCAUUCUGAAGCACGCUUUCAGCAACUCCGAUUUUGCUCCCGUUGGCACUUUCUCUGCCCGCCUCAAGACUUGGAUUCACGGUGGCUAGGUUAGAUUUAAAAUCCGAUGCUAAAUUGCUAAUCUUGAAUUCAUUUCUGAUUACUAGUUCAACUUCUUCGUUGUUUUCAUCCUGUUUGGCUGUUCUGGGGAUUGGUUUAAUUGCUAAAAUAAAGUUUAAAAACUGAGGUAAAAAUUGGGGUUUGCUAAAGAGCUUAUAGUUCCUCUUCCACUUCUCUUUUUUCCCUUUUGUCUCAGAAACUCAAUGAAGAUUUUGAAUUCUCUUGUUGAGAUUUGAAUGAUUGAUCCUGAUUCCUUUGUCAAUUAUAGUUGGCUUGAUGUUCUUAUUAGAAAAUUCCAAUAUUUGCUUCAAGGUGAUGACUUUUAUAGAAUAAGACUCCCAUCCAAUGUUCUAAGUCCUCUUGGGAGGAAUUAUAUUGUCUCAUCAGUGAAAGCGGUAAGUUAACCACUUAAAAGGUUUUUUCGAAUUCAAAACUUUUUGUGAUCUCUCUGGUCAAUCAUCUUCCUCUCAAGGAUUUUACUACUAUUUCAUAAGCUCUUAAGCUUGUUGGUCAAAUAAACAUUUACUUUUUUG